UGGACAAGGACAAAGUGGUAUUCCAGGCGACAUCAAUGAUAUUGAUUUCGGGACGUUGAGUCACCAUGACCGCGAGCGCUACCGCCGCCAUUUUGGGGAGAGUAGGUUUGAGCAGGCUGAGCGUGAGUUCCACAAUCGUAUGUGAUCCCAACCUGCCAAACCAACUUAGGGUGUGAACUGACUGGGACUGCAGGUCGCGGCACGCAGUACUCUAGCAGUACCACCGGUACCCAAACCGGCCUUGGCGAGUCCCGCGAUAUCGGCGUUAGCGACGUCAAUGAACUCGAUUUUGGCAACUUGAGCCACCAUGAUCGCGAGCGUUACCGCCGUCAUUUUGGCGAGGAUAGGUUUACGCAGGCUGAGCGCAGCUGGCAUUCCCGCCGUGGCACACGAAGCCAGUUCCCUAGCGACACUAUGUCCAAUCAGGCCGCUACCGGUGCCAUCGGUUUUACUGACCCCAACGACAUCGAUUUCGGGAACUUGAACUCGCAGGAUCGCGAGAGGUACAGUAACCACUUUGGACAGGAUAGGUUUAGGCAGGCGGAGCAGUACUGGCACUCACGUCGCGGAACGCAGUACCAGGGCGACAACUUUGGCAGCACUUCCACCGGUACGUCGGCUGCUGAUGCCGGCAUCGGACAAGGCCUCGGUGCCUCUCCCUCUGCCUUCGGCCGUCCUAGUCAAGGAGGUUCUUCCGCCUUUGGCUCUGGUCAGGGUGUUCAAGGUGGACAGGGUCUUCGCCAAGGCGAGUACGACACCCAACGCGCCGGCGGCUCCCUCGGCCAGACCGGUCAGCAGAACCUCGGUGGCCGUACCUCCGCCGACUCCGGAUACCCCGCCUCAUCCUCCUACCAAGGCCAAGGCCAAGACUCCCGGACGCGGCUUCGCUUAACUCUACGUUAUCGGUAUUUAUCCUUCAGGGAGGAAUGAGGUGAGAUGUACGAGUAUGAGUUGACGUUGGUAAUACGUUUUGUCUUUUUGGGAUUCUUGCGCCCUUCGAGGCUAUGAUUACGGUUCU